AUGGCCUCUCUUCCGCCUGAUAUUAUGAACAUGAUAUGUGAAGAGCUGGCAAACCGUCGCGAUUUCGGGACCCUCUUUCAUCUUUGUCUGUCAGGGAAACAGAUGGCAGGAGGUGCAUUAUGGUGGCUGUAUAGAAUUCAUACGCAUGCGUCCAUUAGAGGCGGGGAAAGCAAUGAAGAUGAAAUGUCGAGAACAGGUGAAUUUAAAGAGACGAGCAUUGCCGCACGUGUAGCCCAGAUGAAGUUGACAGUAUCCAAAUGGGCCUUGCAGUGGAGAUCAAUUAUUUUGUCAAGUCUUGGUGGGACUGUUUACCCAUAUUGCCUCUACAUACAAUCUCUUGACCUUCGGAACUUGGUUGACCUCCUUGAGGAUAAUAUUUUUCAGGACAACUUUCAAGAUACGUUCUUCUCGUCGCUCCCGCCGUUCAGCGAGACGCAAAUUAAUACCAGAAUCCUGAGGAGCAAAGGAAAAAAGCGCACGCCGAUUAAUAUUCGACUUUUCAUAAAUUUGGUGGGAGAUUCCAUAUCCAAAUCCGUUGGGGACUCGGCCAAUAUGCUAGGCACUGUGGCGGCGCUGAAUGCCAUCGAUCUCUCUGGGAAUAUAGACCCGGUUGAAUUUCCUACUUGGAUUGGAAGGCUCUCAAGGCUCGAAUCUAUGGCAUUAUGGGAUGGCACCGUUCUUAAUAGACAUGCCGGCGACGUUAUUCAGAAACGCUGCCAAAGCUUCAAGAGUCUGAGUAUCUACACUUGUCAUGGAGAGAAGGUCGAUCUUAAUUUGGCUGGUUUCCUCGAUGCUUUACCAAAGAAUACGUUGAAAUCUCUUCACGUAUUCAGUUAUAAUGAUAUCGCCGGCGAAACAUUCCAGGCACUGAACCAGCAGCACAGGGAGUCCCUCGUCGACCUUACCCUUGGUAAUCUGAAAGGCCCAGCGAUCAGGUCCCUAUCGGUGCUCAAAGGCCUCACCGCACUCAUAAAUCUCGACUUAGAUGAUGCUGAGGGACGCAUUAAUCUAGAAUCAACAGCAAAUGAUAGUUUCCUCGAGUUAAUCGGCUGGGUUACUGGGUGCGUGCAACUAAAAACCAUUCGACUUAAUAGGUUUGUGGACGGCCCCGCCAUUAUGAGGGCCCUAUGUUUGAACGACAAAAUACGAUUGAAUAGCAUCACCCUCAGAGGUUAUACCUUUGCCUAUAAUCAGGAGCUGCAUCGAUCUCUGGCCAAUCAAACUGAAUUGGAGUCUUUGGAGCUGAGGGCAGAAACAGAGGAAGAUGACGAUGACAAUAUUCGUGAAGAUAUUGAUACCCUAGUCUCUUCUCUCAGUUCACUAAAGGAGCUUCGAUACCUUAAUAUACUCGAUACUUCCAAUAGCUUCCAAAGCCUUCAAGUCGAACUCCUCGCAGUUUCACUACCAAAGCUUGAAGAUUUAUCAGUCAGCGGUCAUACUAUGGGUGAUGAGGUUUGGGGGGCUAUCUCACAGCUACACCAACUUCGAAGCCUAUCAUUUCACUCCAUGACGACUUUCACAUUUGAUGGGAUAAUGAAGUACCUGUCUAAUCUACGGCAAAGUAAUUAUGGUAUUCACUUGUAUAUCAUGAACGCCACUGCUGAGAGCCGGUUGAGCCCUCAGGAGCAGACAAUCAUUAAGCAGACAAUCGAAAAUAUGGUCAAUGGGCGAUUCUCCUUCGUCCAGUACAGGGAGAUUGAAUCCGAUUACGAUUCCGAAUCGGACUGA